GCGGAGGCGGCGCGGAGGUGCGCUCGCCUCUCUGGGCUCAGCGGGCGGCGGCGGCGGCGGCGACGCGCACAAAGGCGGUUGUGGCUUCUCUGGUGCUCGCGGCGGGCGGCGCCGGGGCGGGGGCGGCGGGGCACGCCGGGUGUCCCCGCGGGCGCGGCGCGGGCGAUGAGCCGGGGCCCGGCAUGGCCUCUGCGCGGCCGCCGGGCUGGGCCUGCGCCUCGGCGCCCGCGCCCGCGGGGCUCCGGGUCGGGCCACCUGUCCUGCCCGCCGCCGCCUCCCCCGAGCCUGCGGGCGGCGCCGAGGCCGAGGAGCGCUCGCUGCAGCGCAUGCUGCGCGCCAUUGCGGAGGAGCGCGGCCGCCUCAGCCUGCGCCGCGAGGUCGGCGGCCUCGGGUGCUUGAAGGAUGACCGCAUCGCCUUCUGGACCUGGAUGUUCUCCACCUACUUCAUGGAGAAAUGGGCGCCGCGGCAGGACGACAUGCUCUUCUACGUGCGCCGGAAGCUGGCGUUCGCGGGCACCGAGAGCGGGGUCGACGGGAGGAAGCUGCCCGAGGCCGAGCCCGAGGUGGAGGUGGAGGUGGAGGUGUACCGGCGGGACUCCAAGAAGCUGCCAGGCUUGGGGGACCCCGACAUUGACUGGGAGGAGAGCGUCUGCCUGAACCUCAUCCUCCAGAAGCUGGACUACAUGGUGACCUGUGCCGUGUGCACGCGCUCUGAGGGCGGCGACAUCCACAUCCAUAAGAAGAAAUCCCAGCAAGUGUUUGCGUCCCCCAGCAAACACCCCAUGGACAGCAAAGGGGAGGAGUCCAAGAUCAGCUACCCCAACAUCUUCUUCAUGAUCGACAGCUUCGAGGAGGUGUUCAGCGACAUGACUGUGGGGGAGGGAGAGAUGGUGUGUGUGGAGCUGGUGGCCAGUGACAAAACCAACAUGUUCCAAGGGGUCAUCUUCCAGGGCUCCAUCCGCUACGAGGCGCUCAAGAAGGUGUACGACAACCGGGUGAGCGUGGCCGCCCGCAUGGCGCAGAAGAUGUCCUUCGGCUUCUACAAGUACAACAACAUGGAGUUCGUGCGCAUGAAGGGGCCCCAGGGCAAGGGCCACGCCGAGAUGGCGGUCAGCCGUGUGUCCACUGGCGACACGUCCCCCUGCGGGACGGAAGAGGACUCCAGCCCGGCUUCGCCCAUGCACGAGCGGAUGGCCUCCUUCAGUACCCCCCCCACCCCGGAGCGCAACAACCGGCCCACCUUCUUCUCCCCGUCCCUCAAGCGGAAGGUGCCCCGGAACCGCAUCGCCGAGAUGAAGAAGUCCCACUCGGCCAACGACAGCGAGGAGUUCUUCCGGGAGGACGGCGGAGCAGCCGACCUGCACAACGCCACCAACCUGCGGUCCCGGUCCCUGUCCGGCACCGGGCGCUCCCUGGUCGGGUCCUGGCUGAAGCUGAACAGAGCGGACGGAAACUUCCUCCUCUAUGCACACCUGACCUACGUCACGUUGCCGCUGCACCGGAUCCUAACAGACAUCCUGGAAGUCCGGCAGAAGCCCAUCCUGAUGACCUAGCCGCGCGGAGCCCCCGGCCCCGGAAGUACUGCCAAGUGCCUAGCUGUCCCCGCCACCGGGCCUCUGUGACAGCCAGCGCGGAGCCGGGCGCCAUCCACCCUGGGCCGGGGCCGACUCCACGAACACCAGCCCAAACAAGUGCCUCGUCCUCCUCCCCGCUGGCUCUGCUCCUGCCCUGCGCCCACCCGCCCAUCCCCCCGCCGUCUCCGGAGAGCCCUCUGCACCCAAAGGACCCCGGGCGCCACGAGGCCACGGAGAGAGCGAAGGAGCAGCCAGCGGCCAGUGUGUCCGACCCGCCGACCCGCCCACAGCAGGCGGCGACCGCCCAGCGGCCCCGUGUGCCCACAGCCCGCGCCUCCGACGGGAGCGGCUGGGUUUGCAGUUCGUGCCAAUGAACCUCAGCAUCCCACCCUGUCUGUCCUCCCUCGCGUGGUCCUAACGGGGCCCCGGGGAGGUGGGGAGCACCGCUGUGGGUGGUGUGGCCCUGGGCUGGGAACGCGGCACCCACACGCGGUCCAGGGAGGCCUCGAGCUCGGCACACAGGCCCGGCUCCCGCCAGAAUGCCUUCGCUUCCAGCCAAAGAGCACCGCCCACACGCCUCCCACCUGGAGAGCCCAGAACGUGGACGAGGACAGGUCGGGGGCUCGGGACCAGGCAGGAGUGGCUGGGGUGGGGUGGGGGUGGCAUGCUCCCAGGAAGGCUCAUGCUCCUUGGGCCGGAGGGGCUGGGGUCUCACCUCUGGCUUUCUAGAGAUGACCUCCCUUGCCUGGGUGUGCUGGUCCCAUUUCUCAGACCAGCUCACUGAGGCGAAGGGGAACUGGCUUCCAUGCGGCCAGUACGGUCAGGUGUGGGUGGCACACGAGCCCCGGGUUUGCCCGUGCCUCGUGCCAGCCAGGAUCUCCGCCUGUGAGGACCCACGUGCUCUCAAAGCCGAGCCCUCGGUAGGAGAGGCCUGGCCAGCCCCUGGGAGCGCAGUCACCGGUCUCUGCUGCCGCGUUGCUGUGUCUGAAGUCCUGGAAAUACCUGCGGGUCCCUGCUGUGCGUCAGAGGCCCCCUUGUGGGCAGGAGAGGAUGGGAGGGGCUUGUUCCCGUCGGUUUUUAUUCUGUGCUCCAAGGGUUUGCACUGGGCUCCGAACAGGGACUACUUUGGGGCUUUCUCUAGAUUUUGUAUGCUGUUAUUAAAAGCGAGCUGUUGCAUUUCA